CAUGAUUCUAUGUGUUAUUUCAUAGUUUUGAUGUCUUCACUAUUUUUCUACAAUAGUAAAAAUAAACAAAACCCUGGGAAAAGUAGGUGUGUCCAAACUUUAGACUGGUACUGUAUAUUUGAUUUGUCUUCCUAUUAGACUUUUACUGUGUCAGUCUGAAAUCUAUUGGCUUUUCAACCUUUAAUGUUGUUGAGUAUCGGUGCUUGAGAAAGACAAAGGGGAGAUGAGGGGUUGUGUGUCUGGGCAGGUAAACUGGGUUCCAAGCAGAGCCUGGGGGCUGACCAGAGUCAGAGUGACCCAGAGCCCAGGGAGGAGCAGAGGUCAUCAGACAACACCCAGGGCAGACAGGGGGUCUGUUGGGUCACCACCAGCCCCUCCGGACACAGAGUAGCCACCAUGGGGGACCAGACCACAGACCCUGGCCCGGUCCUGGCCUUCAGAGCCACAGACCCUGUCAGCCAAACUGUUGUUAUCACCCGGGAGGACAAGGUGAUGUCUGUGCUGGACAGAGACGGGACGGUGAUCAUCGACCAUGCAGACGGAACCAGGAUCACUACCCUGUACCAGGAGAGAGAGGCUCUCAGUGGCUGGUCCCAGGAACACAUUAACACAGGGGAGAGAUGCAGCAGUGUGUGUCAUAAGGAGAAGGUGGUGAUGGUGGAGCGCCUGGGGUUUGCCACGGUAACCAUGUACGGCGAGGGCAGGUCCUGCAACGUGUUCUUUGGAGACGGGAGCGUCGUCACCGCCACCUGCGACGGAGCGUACCAAGUGUACCCGUCCAGUGUAGGUCUGCUGUUCAUCAACCAGGACGGUAGUUGUGUGUACACGUCAGACCCUGAACACAGCCCAACCCUGAGUCUGGCCAGCUGGAGUCCCAGAGAGCAGCCAGGCAGCUACAGGAUGAACCACACCUCCACCUCAGACACACUGUGUGAGGUCACAGACCACCACGGGAACCUCUUCCAGGUGAUGAAGGAUGGCCAGGCAUCAGUGGAGAUCUCUAGCCCUCUGGACAGCAGAGUGGAGGAGGAGGAGGAGGGAGGAGGAGGAAGAGGAGGGAGGGCUGCCAGAAGAGAGAGAGCUGGCCAAGCAUCCUAUUGGACGUAAAGUCCACAUUCCCAGGUUGUUCAUGGCCCAUGAGGACGGUUCAGGCACAGAGCUGCUGCACUCUCAGACAGUAGAGGAACGUUUGUAUGAGGACUACUCUGAUCCUGCUGUCGCCCUGCUUAAAGAACCCCUCCCAGACCUACAG